AUCCACUAAACACUUCAUCAUUUCGUUCUUCACAAUACCAAAAAAAUGAAGCAAGAUUAAGAAAUAAAAAAAUAAAUAAAAUAACAGAAAAAGAAAAAGAAAAAAAGCUCAGUGGAAAACACACACCCCAUAAUCAAUCAACAAAACAAUCCCUUUUUCUUUUCCUACAAUUUUUUUUUAUCAAAUCCAUGGUUGUUGCAGGUUUCUGCAAUGAGAGCUGAAAAAAUUGCUUUACAUUAAACAAAUUUCCAAAAGGGUAUCCAAAAAAUGCAUCUUUAUCCACAUUCCUUUUGAUUUGAGCUCAGCAACAAUGGCAGAUGAUCUUUCUUCCUUCACCAAGGAUGUUUUGCUUGUGAAGGGUUUGAAGAAUUCUACGUUGGUUUGGAGGUUGAUUGUGUUGGCUUUUGCAAUGGUUUGUGGUGUGUAUAUAUGUUCUAUUUGUUUGAAGCAGAUAAGCACUGGUAGCAGAAUUGGUUUUCUUGAUAUCAAUGUUAUUCAAAAGCCUUGUCCUGAACCUAACAUUGAACCUUGGGAGAUUCCUUAUGUGCACUAUCCAAAUCCCAAAACUUAUAGCAGGGAGGAAUGCAGGUGCCACCCGGUGCGGUAUUUUACUAUUCUGUCGAUGCAGAGAUCUGGGAGUGGAUGGUUUGAGACGUUUUUAAAUAGUCAUCCUAACAUAAGCUCAAAUGGGGAAAUCUUUUCGGUUAAGGUUAGAAGGAGUAAUAUAACGACAAUAACUGAGACUUUGGACACAAUUUAUAAUCUAGACUGGUUUAAUAGUGCUUCUAAAAAUGAGUGCACGGCUGCUGUUGGCUUGAAGUGGAUGCUUAAUCAGGGAUUGAUGCAGCAUCAUGAACAAAUUGCCGAGUACUUUAGAAUACAUGGUGUUUCAGUCAUAUUUCUUUUCAGAAAGAACCUUUUGCGCCGGAUGAUUUCUGUACUUGCAAAUGAAUAUGAUAAGAAUGCUAAGAUAUUAAAUGGCACUCACAAAUCCCAUGUUCAUUCACCCAAGGAGGCAGAAAUACUUGCAAAAUACAAACCCACACUCAAUUCAACACUGCUGAUUAAAAACCUAAAGCAAGUAAAUGAUACAACCACCAAGGCUUUAGAAUCUUUCAAAAGCACAAGGCACAUCAUGCUAUACUAUGAAGAUGUUGUAAAAAACCGCACAAAACUAAUGGACGUUCUGGAAUUUCUUAAGGUUCCUCAAGUGAAUUUAAAGAGUCGUCAGGUCAAGAUUCAUAAAGGAUCUUUAUCGAGCCAAGUUGAAAACUGGAAUGAUGUGACCAAAACACUCAACGGCACACAAUAUGAGAGUUUCCUCCAUGAAGAUUACCGUAGGUAAACUGAUGGGUAUGUACAUACCACGUUUUGCCUUUUCUUUUAACCCUUCCUACGCCGUUAGCAUUCUUCUAAUCUUUGCUCACAAGUCGCCACUCGAGCCAACAGGAAAGCCAUCCUGUUGAAAUUUUUGCCAGGCCGCUCUCACAUUUUUGUAGUAAGUUUUUUGUUGUUAAUUUGUCUGCCAAUUCAAUUAAAUAUUUAAUUCAUUCUUUGUAACUUUUCCACUUCACUGUUUUGAACACUUGUAUUGAAGCCAUCAAGAGAAUUUGCAAUUGUCAAUGUCAAGAUGAUUUCCUUUCUCCAUCCCCAUAUAUAUAUAUGAUCUAUAGAUAGAUAUUUAUAAUGGAUUGAGAAAUAUUUGAA